ACGGCGGCGGCGCGGCGCUGUGAGGGCGCCAUGGUGGGCCCAGCCGCUCCCCGGCCUCUCCGCGGAAAGUCCUUCUACCUCGACCUGCCGAGCGGGCGGAGCGCACGGGAGCUGGCGGAGGUCAUCGGGCACCUCGGCGGGGUGAGCGGCCGGGACACCCCCCACACCCUCACCGGGGCCCCUAGGCCCGAGAUCCUGAGGGCUUUCAAGUGACCGAAAGCUUCCUAAGCAAAGAAGUCAACUAUGUAGUUUCCAGCAAUAAAGAAGCUAAACGAGACAAAGCCAGGACUUGGACUGAGAAGCGGAGCAGCGUAACUUCAGAAGAUGCAAAAGCCAUGAGCCCAACGCCUUCUGCCCCCAAAGGGAACCGUACCAGACCUCACCAGAAGCCACCAGACACUGUAAGAGCUAUAAAGGUUUAGGCUACCUCAAAGUUUGGCCGAAGGGAUCUGUAAAGUAGAACCAGAGAAGUGUUGGAAGGUAAAUUUGUUCCUGCUCUGAGCGAAUAUGUUGCGUGUUUAGGGCUUUCUUUUCCCUCCUGGUCUGGCUGUCCGUAUUUGUACCCAUGUUCCUUGUGUUUGUGUAUCACUGUCCAUUCAAAUGUGUGUGCCACAGCUUUGAGCUGGUAAACCAGCAUAUCUGCUCAAAUGGCAGAGGAGAUGGAGGGCUUGGCUGGCUUCCCAGCAGAAUGGGGAAUCGUCCCGCUGCAGAAAUGUGUCUGGAAAAGCAGAGAAAUGUAGACAAGAUAAAGCUGUUGCAGGCUUUGGAUGCAUGCUCCCAGACACAGGCAGGGCAAGGCCACUGUAACUUGGGAGAAGAUCUACGAGGGCAGCUUGCAAGAAGGGAUUUCUCUAUGUCCUAUUCGCCCUGCCAGAGGUGGGCUUUCUGGUCAGUGGUGCUUGUGGCCAAAACUCUUAACAUCCUGUGUUGAACGCUGGUGUCUGCUGGAAGCUGUGACUGGGGAGAGCCUACUACCCCAGUCUAGGCUGUGGGCACUUCUACUAGCUGGAUCCUGACCACCUGCAGGUGGAAAGCCUGAGCUGAUGCCAGGGGUUUCACUCAAUCACUCAUGAUGUUUGUUCCCCUGCCCUUGCUCACAGCACUAUCCGCUUGCCUUACAAAUAAUUUAACCUAUUUGCUGAAAUCACUGGCUUGCAAAUAAGACUUUGUUCCCAGGAAGGACUAGCAAGAAUGUUCCUAACACCUGCCAGCAGCUGGGAUGUGGCAGGUAGAAUUUCUGAGCUAAGCUGCUGCUUCCUCUUGGCUCUGGGGUAUUCACUGCUGUUCAAUAGAAGCCAAGCCUUGGCUGAAUGGCUGCUUAGUGUAGAUCUAAUGGGCACCUCUGCAGUUUGCACUCCCUGGAGAUGCUGCUGUCUUUGAGAUAAAGUCUUGGUCAGCUUCUUGUCCCCGGCAGAGACCAGGUAUCACUAGAAAUCACUCUUACUGGACAGCCACACUGUCCUCAGCUUGCCACUGCCUGGUAGAUUUUUGCUUUAACGUAGUACUUUGCUUCUUUUUCUGCAGGCACUGAUCAGCAGGGGAAAGGAACUGCUGCAGAAGGCCAUGAAGAAUCAGAUUUAGAGCUGCAUGUGCUCACACAGCCGUCUCUGCUUUGAGCUGUACCUUGCCAAACCUCUCUGUACAGGACACCUGCAGUGGCAGCAGUAUCCUCGCCAACGCUCGCAUGUGGGGAGUCCGGAUCUUGCACGUGGAUGAAAUGUUGUCAUAUGCUCAACAGCUGCUGCGUGCCAUCUCGGGAGCAAGGAAACAAUGCCAGAAGACAGAGGCAAAAUGCCUUGCAUCUGCAUCAAAAAUUCACAAAGCAGGAAAAUUGAAGCCCCCUUUUCUGAAGGUUGAAGACCAGAGCAGGCAAUUCCGGCCCUUCCAUCAACAGUUCAAAAGCUUUCCUGACCUGAACUUCCUAGCAUCCAAAAGCUCCAGCCCAUUUGAGACUCUGAAAAGCCUCUCCAAUUCUUGCAGAGCCAGGGGCGUGGAAGGCUGUCCCGUGCGCAGCGAAGGGGAGAAGAGCCCCCAGUCCACACCGGUCACUGUGCCAAAGAAAAAGAAGGGAUUUUGUGAGUGCUGCCAAGAGACAUUUGAAGAGCUGCAGAAGGCUGUGGGAACCAGCUCUAACUGCAGAUUUCCCUCCUGUGAAAGGAUAAGUGUUGCUAAAAAGGUUUCUGCCACCUUCCAGCAUCUCCAGAGCCCCCAGCACAAGCGGUUUGCACUGGACGACUCGCAGUACACCCCUGUGGAUCGUGUAAUCUCGCAGCUCACUAACAACUUUGUGGAACAGUCAGCCAAGGUGCCUUGGUCCUACCUGACAGAUGAAUGCUUAGUGCCUGAAGCACAGGUUACUGGAGGAAUUGAGAUGCUGACAGCAGAGCUGGGAAACGAAAGGGAGCAGCCCGAGCAGCGUGCUGUGGAACUGUUAAUUGACAUGGAACGCGGCCUGAAGACUGAGGGAUGUUCCCCUUGCCUGCCUAGGGACAGGGCCAGUAUUCCCAGAGAAGGAGAGGGUUUGUCAAGGAGCUGCUCUGUGGGGCUGCCUGUUGGAGCAGGACUCGCCCGAGGGGUCUGUGCUGCGUGUGGCUCUGCAGAGCAGCCUGUGGUGCAGGAUAUAGAUUUGGGCUUGGCCCCUGACCUGGCCUGGGGGACUCUCGUAGCAGCCCCUCCUGUUGGAGAGGCAAUUGCUUCUUCAUCUGAACCUCAGGAACAGCGAGUGCAUGAAUCUGUUGGCCAUCUCCCACAAGCGCUGCCUGUCUCCAGGAAACGCCAGCUUUCCUCUAGGCAGAGCACCCAGAUGGGAAAGAAGCCCAGGCUGGAGCAGGGUGGUGGCCUCUCUCCAUGUAAGCAGACAAACCCAGUGGUUGGUGGGACGGGUGGACAGGGUGCAGGACAGAUGUCAGAGCCAGGCUUACCCAGUGUGAUGGAGGCUGGCAGCUUGCCUCUCAGCACACAGCUCUCCAGCAGAGCUCGUAGCUCCCUUGGUUUGGACCUGUGCCUGUGUGAGAGCCCUGGGGACCCUGCAUUGUGGCUAGGUUCCCUUGAAGCUGUGUCUGUGGGUUUUGAUCCCACAGAGGCUGCUGCAGCCAGCACUGUCGGCAAGCAUGGCUGGAGCGGAGUGAACGUGAAUUCCCAAGGGAAGCAGCUCAGAGGGAAGAAUGAAAACGCACGCAGAAAUGUGGAUAGUCCUGAUCUGGAGAACACAACGAACAAGACCGGGUGUCCUACUGGCUGGUUAACCUCCCCAAAACUGCCUGUGGCUGAAGCCAGAUGUUGAUGCUUGCUCUGUGUCAGAGCAGCAGAAAAAAUAGCACAUGAACCACCUGACCUCCCAGGCUACAGCAAAGAGCAGGUUCCAUGCCCUGGAUCCCUUCAGCCUUUUCUACAUAAUGCAGGGGCUGAUCACCACUUCAGCAAAAGUUCUUCUGAGGCAGACUGGGAUGUCCAGCUGCUCUCCACACUGACGGGUGUCCAGGACAGCAGGAUUCAGUCUGUGGACAGGGCCUUGCUCCAAAGGAUGCAUAUCAAUGUGAGGGACAGUGGGUACGAGUCUCAGCUCUGCUCAGUUCUGAAGCAGAAGUCAGAGCUUGCCUGAGCCGGCAAAGAGGACUGGAACUGCUGCACAGAGACCAAAGGAGCCUCUGUCCCUGUAUUUCAGUCCUUUUUUGGCAGCUGGACUAGCUGAAACCACCUCCUGGCUGUUCUCUGGCCCCUUAGCGGGAGCUGUGAAAUGUCUGGAAAGGGAUUUACCAAGCCCCCCUCCCUGUCAGGGCCAGGAGGCCCAGCUGAAAGCUGGAGUGAGGACUGUCUGCAGGAGGUGGGCUCCGGACACUGCGGACAAACCCGGGCAGCUCUCCCGUUGGGAGCUGACGGGUGGUACGGUGGGUUCAGCAUCCUUGGCUGGGAUCUUCCCUCCUCUCUGCUGGCAAUGUUUAGAGCUGGCGGCUUCCUUUAGCUCCUCACUGGGCUGAUGACUGGACGGUCUCUCUGGAAAUACCUCUUCAGCAGGAAUAUGCUCUUUGCCCUUCCAGACUGAGAGCAUGGCCUGCUCUUCCCCUCACCCAGUUCUCAGAGGUGCAAAGACAUAGCAGAGGAGGGCCGUGGGGGUGAGGUCUGUGUUAUUCAUGUCCAUGUGGUUUGGGGUUUUGUGGGAUGGAUGUUUGUAACUGGUACUAAAUUGUUUGGGGUUUUUUUUAACAAACUUUGAAAUAAAAUGGAAGAUGAGCUCCUA